AUGUUGUUCAAAGGCCGUAGUUCCAAGUUGGAGGAUCUCAUCAAGAAGAUCCAUCGAUUCCAGCGAGGUGAGGGUGGAAGCAGCGGCUGGAGUGGGAUCUCGACCGAGGGAUCUGGGUCGGGAUCGGGAUCGCCAGGUGGGAGCAUAGCAGAUCCGGAUCUUCAAGAUCGACCUCCUCCCUAUCAUUGUUCCUUCUGUGACAAGUCCUUCGCCAGACUCUCCUAUCUUAAGAAACAUGAACAGAGUCAUGGAGAAGAGAUGCCGUUCAAGUGCAGUUUCUGCCAGCGCCUAUUCAAACACAAGAGGAGUAGGGAUCGACACAUCAAGCUCCACACGGGAGACAAGAAAUACCGCUGCCAUCAAUGCGAUGCCGCUUUUUCGCGCAGGUUUGUAUUGCAUGUGGGGCCGUCUGACCACUUGAAGAUCCACGUGAAGACCCACGACACAGGAAAGCCUUUCCAAUGCACUCACUGCAACCGGGGAUACAAUACGGCAGCGGCUCUCACGUCUCACAUGCAGAAUCACAAGCAGGCCAAUCGCAGCUUGCCUAAUUCUUCUUCGCCCGGCAUGGAAUCGACCCGAGAGACUUCUAGUCCCAUCACGGAACAGAACCAGGAUUCUACCGAGGGGAUCGAGGAGAAAGCCCAAGAGGAGGCUCCAACGAGCAAUGGAUUGAACGGGCUGUCUGGAUUCCCGUGCGCAUUGUGUCCCACGGGUUUCCCGUCCAUUCGAGACGUACAGAAGCAUCUGGUUAUGGAGCACAAUUUCCUGGACGUAUUUCCCUGGUCUUUGAUGUCGACUCCGACGGCUGCGGAGGUGGGUCGGACGUGGCUCUGCAACCAAUGCAACGAAGGCUUCCGGGACUUCGAAUCCUUCCGAACUCAUCUUGGGGGACACCUGGAGUCCACUCGACACAAGUCCCUUUGCUUCGAAUGUCACCAGGAGUUCCCCGACCAAGACUCUCUGGAUUCCCACAUGGUCUCCCAUUACUUGGCAUCGACUACGGAAUACGGGUGCCAGAGCUGUCAGAAACUCUUUCUUCGACCCGAUGAUCUCCAGAAGCACCUCAUGGACAUUCACGCCCUGCAUCUGUAUAAAUGUUCCCUCUGUCAAGGGGUAUUCGACUCCAAAGUCGCAAUCCAGGUUCAUUUCGCCGUGGAACACAGCGACGAAUGCAAGCUACUGAAAUGCGUCGUCUGUGGGGCGGGAUACAAGACAGAGGCGGAGUUUCACGUCCAUGUCAGGGCGAAUCACUUGAAGAAAUUGCAACCAUUGAAAUGUCUCCUUUGUAAUGCUUCAUUUGUCUCCCCUGAUGAACUUCAUGCCCACGUCAGGGUCUCCCACCGACGGGAAUUCCGCUGUCAACUCUGUCCGCAGGCUUUCCACGUCGAGUUCCUCUUGGACAGGCACAUCGAGACUUGUCACCAAGUCCAGAACAUGUCUGCCUUCAAGUGCGAGCAUUGUGACCUGGAUUUCCAGUCAGAGUCAGCCUUGAGUCAGCACCGAAGAGAAUUGCAUGGAAACCGGAUGAGAACCAGCCAAUCUGUAAGCCUUUUUUGUGCCUACUGCAACGAGAACUGCAAAACCAGGUCGGAAUUGGAAACACACAUGAAGGGUCACAAUCAUCAGACGGGGAAUGGGAAGCACAAGUGCAACAUCUGCGACGAGGUCUAUCCGACGGCUCAGACUUUGGCUCAGCACAGGCUGGUUCACUGUCAAGUGACCACAGGGAGCACGUGUGUGACGUGUAAGGUCACGCUGGGCACGGAACAAGAUUUCUUGGCCCAUCAGGGACAGCAUCACGGGAUGGGUUUUCCAACGCCUUGCAUCAUCUGCCGACAAAGCCUUGCUUCCAAGGCUGAACUCGAACUCCAUGCACGAUUCCAUCUGAGACAGCUGAGCCGGGAGACGAGGCCGGAACACGUGUGUGGACUUUGCGGGGGAGUAGCCUUUGAGACGGAGCAGCGACUUCAGCUCCAUCUGAUCGAGCACGCCUUCGAGGGAUGUGCAGCGUUCACCUGCCCGAUGUGCGGGAGCAUGUUCACGACCUCGGCUGGCCUUCACGCUCACCUUCCCUCUCACGACGGAGGUUCCAAGCCCUACCCAUGCCGGGCUUGUCCUCAAGCCUUCCACGUUGGAGCCGAGCUGGAGAACCACGUGGCUUUGAGGCACGAAGCGGUGAAGGCGAAGGUGAAAGAGCAGACCCACCUUUGUCCUGUGUGUGCGAGGACAUUUGCCAAAUCUCGCCACGCUCGCGAACACCUCCACACUCAUUUUAGCGAGAAGGGCCGAUUUCGGUGCCCCGACUGCGAUCGGUCGGGUGAGGACUUAUUGCCCCAUACGGAACACAUGCGAUAUCAGUGUCCCCGGUGCUCGUCUUUUUGCAAGGGGUUGGACGAGCUGAAGCUACACCUCCGAGUGGUCCAUUCCCUUGACGUCAUCCCGGUUUUCAACGAUCCCAAAUCCAAGGAUGAUGGUGAAACGGUGUGA